UUAUUAUAGCCGUGGAGAUAAAAGCCGAUCGGUAAUUUUGAUCAGCUGAUCUUUUACGUUCGUGAGUUGGGUUUGAUAAAGUGUUCAAGUCCGAGUCCCAUUGAGAGACAGAGAGAGACUGUAGUAAGAAACGAACCAUCCGGAGAAUUGAGUCUGAGGACAAGAGAAGAAAGAUGGUGAGCCAUGUUUAAUCUUCGGUUCUGGGCAAGUCUAUCUCCGGAAUCUUUGAGUUUUCGCUGGGUGUUCGAGAAAGUUCCACUGUUUCUUUGAGUGGUGGUAGGUUUGCAUGGAAGGGGGCAAAAGGGUGUUAAAAAGUCUCGGUAUUUGAAAGAUUCUGAUGGGCUUUGUUCAGCUGACGAGAAGUGUAAAUCUUCUCAGUGAUGCUGUAACUCAGAACAUAUUUGUUUCGUUUUUUGAAUUUUUUCUUCGAGAAUUCUACCUGGAAGACUAGAUCUUUGCAUGCUUUCACCGAUCUCCGAGAGCCCUAGGAGUGGAGGAACGGAUCUUCCUCUUUUAGUGAUUCUUAAGUUUUAAGGUUUUUUUCCCAGAAGGUUCCUUUUUUGACAUUGUCAUUUGCUCCCAAAACACGAUGUCAGGACUUCAAGCAAUUAAAUUUAGUAUGGCUGUACAGAGCUCUGUACUUGAACUUAUGGGUUUGUGGUGACUAGUCAUACUUUUAUCAAGUGGAAUAAAAUAUAUGAGACGAUAUUGAAGAUAUAUUACAUCUGGGGUUAUCAGCAUAACGGAGAAGAUGUCGUUCCGAAGUAUAGUUCGUGAUGUAAGGGAUGGACUAGGAAGCUUAUCAAGAAGAAGUAUUGAGGUGAGGCUGCCCCGUCAUCCCAGGGGAAAAUCACAUGGCUCAGUCCACGAAUUGCAUGACCAGCCCCUGGUAGUCCAGAACAGCCGUUGGGCUAGCCUCCCGCCUGAGCUUUUAUGUGAUGUGAUCAAAAGACUGGAGGCAAGUGAGAGUACUUGGCCUGCCCGGAGGCAUGUUGUUGCAUGUGCUGCUGUCUGCAGAGCCUGGAGGGAAAUGUGCAAAGUAAUUGUCAGAGGUCCUGAAUUAUCUGGGAAAAUUACCUUUCCUAUUUCCCUGAAGCAGCCGGGUCCUCAAGAUGGAAACAUGCAAUGCUUCAUUAAGAGGGACACAUCAAAUUUAACUUACCACCUUUUCCUCUGUCUUAGCCCUGCUCUGCUUGUCGAAAAUGGGAAAUUUCUUCUCUCUGCAAAACGGACCCGGCGAACAACUUGCACAGAAUAUGUGAUUUCCAUGGAUGCAGAUAGCAUUUCAAGAUCAAAGAGCACUUACAUUGGAAAACUGAGGUCAAAUUUCCUGGGCACCAAAUUCAUAAUUUAUGAUACACAGCCUCCCUAUAACAAUGGGCAGUUUUCACCCCCCAGCCGAAGUCGUCGGUUUUACUCAAAAAAGGUUUCUCCAAAGGUCCCCACUGGAACCUAUAACAUUGCUCAAGUCACAUAUGAGCUCAAUGUGCUAGGCACUCGGGGUCCACGCAAGAUGCAUUGCACAAUGCACUCAAUCCCUGCCUCUGCUCUUGAACCAGGUGGUACUGUUCCUGGUCAACCAGAGCUCCUCCCUCGCUCCCUCGAAGACUCGUUUAGUAGCAUUUCAUUUGCAAAAUCAAUCGAUACCUCAACUGAGUUUGGCAGCUCCAGGUUCUCAGAUAUUAUUGGAUCCCACAAUGAAGAAGAUGGCAGAAAAGUGAGACCUUUGGUUCUCCUAAACAAGGCUCCAAGAUGGCAUGAACAGUUGCAGUGUUGGUGCCUCAACUUCCGUGGAAGGGUGACUGUUGCCUCUGUCAAGAACUUUCAGCUAAUUGCUGCAACACAGCCAGCUGCUGGUGCACCAACACCAUCACAGCCAGCUGCUGGUGCACCAAGGCAGCCAACCCAACCUGAUCAUGACAAGGUAAUUCUGCAGUUUGGUAAAGUCGGCAAGGAUAUGUUUACCAUGGAUUAUCGGUAUCCUCUGUCUGCAUUCCAGGCUUUUGCCAUUUGCUUGAGCAGCUUUGAUACUAAGUUGGCAUGUGAAUAGAAAACAAAUAACAAUGGUGAGGAAUAGAAAAUCUAGAUGGUAAUCUCUUCUUUUAUAGGGUUUUAUAGGAUGGGCUGUUUGUAUGUAAAAUUCAAUGCCCUAUAAAAAAAGUGCAGAACAAUAUUGGUUAACACAGAAGGACCUUUUCCUUUUGGUUAUCCUGAUUAGUUAGCUCUGUAUGCUUCCUUCGUCUAUCUUUGAUACAGUUACCUUGGGUUAACGAAACUAUCAUUCUUCUGUAUCUGUAUUCGGUAAUUAAUUCCAUGAAUUAUACCAAAGAAAAUAAAUGAGUUCAGCGGAA